AUGGAAAUAUUUGCUAACCAAAAAAUUCAGUGGAAAGAAAAUAAGUUUGUUAGAAGAACUGUUGUUGUUCGUGCUACUUUAGCUCAAAUGACUUGUGCUAAUGGAAUUGUUGCUAACAUUCCAUCACAAGGUUCUUUUCUUGUUUUAAGAUGGGGUGAGUGUAAAAGGCAUAAAAAAAAUUGUACAACUAGAAGAGUCAACGUCUUUCAAGUAUUAGCCUUUGGACAACCUCAAUGGGUAUGUCAGUCUCUGAUCGAAAACUCUCAACGCCUUGAUCGUGUGAUUUAUGCAAGUGCAACAAUUGGACUUUAUAAUAUUAGAUAUUCUCUUGAUUUCAUUCCUCCAACUCGUAAAGUUAAUCUUCAGUGUAUUGUCCCUGUAAAAUCAACACCUGAAGUCUCUAAAGUUUGUAAUUCUCCAUCUCUACCUUCGUUAACUACUCUCACCAAUGUCAUUCCUCAACUUUCUUGCUAUGUUCUCCCUCCAGUCAAAAAAGAUAAAGAAGAGAUAGAAAGAAGAGUAGUAUUACCGAGAAUUGA